AAAAAAAACCAGAAAAAAAUGAGUUUUCUUGCAGGAAGAUUAGCGAGCACAGAAGGUGCUUAUUUCUUACAGGAAUCCAAACAUGCCGUAGGGCGUCUCGCUGAGAAGACUACUAAGAAGAAGCUCCCUUCUGAUAAUAACCCAUCCAAUGAUUCUUCUUCUUCUCUCGUUGUCGACAACGAAGCUCAAGCCGACGUUCUCCCCGAGGUUCUUAGGCAUUAUCUACCUUCGAAGCUCUUCGAACAACCUUCCAACUCUUCUCUCUUCACUGCUUCCAAAUGGGCUAUUUACAUUGAUCCCAACAAACCGUCUCCCGUCUCCGCCGAUGCCCUGAACCCACUUCGGGCUUACCUUUCUCUGCCUCAGGUCACCUUUGGCCCCAAAAGGUGGAAACUGCCCGAUUCAGAACACUCCGUAGUAGCCUCGACAGCCAAUGACUUGCGUCGUGACAAGUAUACUCGUAUUAACACUGAGAAAUCGAAGGCUGCUGCUGAAGGGCUCUCACAAAUUGGAAAGACAUUUGUUUUUGCCACUGCAUUUGUCUAUGGGGGAGCUAUCUUAACAUUUGGACUGACAGCUUCGAAUCUAGAGAUGCAUACUAGUGAUGACAUCAAAACCAAAGGAAAAGACAUUAUUCAGCCCAAAAUUGAGAUGAUUAGGGAGCAGUUAGUACCAUUACAAGUUUGGGCCAAAAACAUGUCAAAGAAGUGGCAUGUCCAAAGAGAGGAAGAUAUCAAAGAGAAGCCUAUAAUUAAAGAGCUUUCUAAGCUAUUAGGUGCAAGGAAAUCCAGUGGACUCAAGCAUAAAUUUUCCUUUUUGGUUAUAUACAAAAUGUACCAUAAGUUAUGCUUAAUCCUAUGGAUUAAGCCUAACAGAGGACUAAAGUGUGUAUUUUUCUACCUUUAUAAGUUGUAUACAAAAUGUAUCAUAAGUUGUGUUUAACCCUAUGGGUUAAGCCUAACAGAGGAAUGAGUGUGUAUUUUUCUACCUUUUUAUGUUUAAUAG